CUCUCGUAAAAGAAUUUAAAACAUAUACUUACAUAUACACACACAUUUAUAAUUCUGACAACCUCAACUAUCUUCUCGCUUCCCCUGUCUGUAUAUCUUCCCAGAUGGAAGCCGAAGCCGAUGAUUUCGGCUUCAGCGCAGCCGAUUUCAAGCCGCCAUUUUCAAUAUCUCUAACCCCAUUCCCUCCCUGUUCUUCUCCGGCUCCGCGCCGGCUAUCUAGCAGCUUCAUUCCUCCCAGUGAGCCAGUACGAGCCGCUAAGCAGCUAUCAUGGUUGUCUCUGCAGGGUCGGCUCGUCGGAGCCGAGGAAGCCACGUCGGCUAAAGCCAUUGGUGGCGGCUUGGGGGUAGAAGAAGCCAUGGCUUGGGAAAUGUUUAGUCCAGUGCAGAGGGUUUUGGUUGUUGCUGUUAUUGCUGUUGCGGUUAAGAAUGCCAAGAAAGAUAGGGAGAUUUUGAGGCUGAAGAAUUCUGUUCAACUCAGGGAUCAAGUGCUUUCAGCAAUGCAGGAGGAACUUGACAGUUUAUGUGAGCAAGUUAAUUAUUUUAAAGAUAAGUCUGAUGAUAUGUGCCAGCAAUCUUCUUGUGAACCCUUUUCUGGGAGUAUCAAGUAUGGUGGUUGUGGUUGUCAACCUUGUAAUUUUCAUCAGCUUCCUUGUGAUGACAUGAUGGGUAGUGCAAUUGGUGAAUUCUCUAAAUGGGAAGAUACUUUUAAAUAUCAGCCUUGUCAGCAAGAGGAGCGCCGUAUGUCUAAUUUGUCAGACUGGGCUCCAAGUGUUAAUUCUACAAUAGAUAUCCAGUUACAAUUGGAUAAUGAGCAAGACAUCUACAAUCUUCGCAAAGAAUGUGAAGAGAAGGAUACUGCCAUAAAAGAGCUUUCAUUGUCUCUUGACUCAUCCAAACUUUUAAGUUCGAAGAGAAUUUCAGAGCUGGAAGACAUCAUCCGUAGGAAGAACAUGCUGAUUACAAAGCUAAAGAAAGACAAGACGAUCCUUGAACAGAAAGUGCUGCGUCUCACAAUGUUAACCUCAAGUAGAAGGGCAAGACAGCUACCGCUCCUGAAUGAUAACUUGUUAUAUGAUAUGGCAAAUACAACUAGCCCAUCAUCUUCGGAUUCAGAUUCUCCUUCUAGAGUCAAGCUUCAAGCAUGUGAUCCAAGAAGUCAAAUCAGCAAAGCUCAGAGUAGCUAUUACUCUUCGAUCGGAGACCAGAAUUCAGGUAAAGUCUGCAGUCCGAACAUAUCACUGAAAUCAGCUGAUAAACAUCGAAGUCCUCAAUCAGCUAGUCAGGAAAUUUUAGUUAAGAAAAGCAGCUGCUCAUCAAUGGGAGACCAGAAAGCCAGACAAGCUAAAACUUCCACUCUGUUAAGAAGAUCAACCGGCCGACAUCAACUAGGCAGCCCUCUAAAAGAAAAAUCAUUAAAUCAGAAUCUUGAUCCGGCACCUAUUACAAGAUCAAAGGCAGUGGUAUCUGGUGAGCAUUUGAAAUCCCAAAGACGGCCGCCAACUAAAUCUAACAAUGCAGUUCCAAGGAUGAGAUGAAUUUGGUCUCCUGUGAUGUCUCUGAUGUCAAAUCUCUUGGUAUGGCUGGUAUAUGGUAAAAUUUCGAUUGACUUGUAUGACUGCUUCUUCCUUCAGAGCUAGUCUACAGGUUAUGUAUAGCUUAUUAAGAAAUAUUGCAGGGGCCGACGGUUGUAUGUCCUUUAUGGUCAUCUCAGAAGACCAUAAACUAACCGGUAAAAAGCAUAUUAUUAGGAUCGAUGAAGUGUUUAUAACUCUUUUAACAGUUUAAUGCUUUGAAUUUCAAAAUUUUAGA